CCGCUGAUGAAAUUAAAUAAAAGAAGAAAUUCUUUCCGAUUUUAUGAACAAAUGAAGUUUCUGGACGACGACUUGCGAAAGUCUGCGACGUAUACUAGUUUACCAACAAACAUUAUAAACAACAAUAACGAUAAUGAAAUUGAAGCCAUUGAGUCUGAAUCAACAUGCAGUAACAUUUUGAAUUCGAGUCCUAUGAAAAGUACUAAUUCGGAGUCAAAUAAAAUUGACAAAUCGAACAAAAUGAAUGAAGAAUUUAAUGAAGCUGUUAUUGCAACAUUACGAGACAAUAAACAACCUGAUGAAAUUGACGGAUUUGUACUGUUAUUAGGAGAAGGAUUAAGAAAAUUGCCAUAUAGAGAACGAACAAAAUUACAACUAAAUUGA